UAAAACACGAGGAACUGGCGUCAGCCUGAAUCGUCAAUUGACUCAAAAAAUAAUGGAAACAUUUGGCAACUGGUUUCAAAUAAUUCUAUUGAAAAUUCUCAAUUAAAACUCACCCUAAAAGACUAAAAACCAAUUCAAAUACGUCAUAAAUACCGCUUUACCCAGUGUCUCGUGUCACGUGGUGGCCACCCACGUUUCGGUUUAUUGUGGGUAAACAAAGGCCAAAAAUUACAUUUGUUCCGCUUACGAUUGUGUUUGUGUAUCUCUCGAAAAAAAUAACGUUUAUUAAACAACUCGACGUGUAUAAACCAGCCAUCCCGACAACUAAAAAACCCGAAAAUACACAUCAAACCGGGGGGUUGAACAGUUCGAACAAGAGUGGGAGUGAGAAAGUACAUAUAUUGCAGGAGUGAGUGUGUAUGUGACUGAGAGAGAGAGAGUAACAACGUUCUAAAGAGCAAAAGAGAUAUCAAACAGGACGGUUCAGAGGGGUGAGGGACGUGGUGGAAGGCAAUAGAGUUUUGAUGAUCUACAGAUUCCGUAUAAUACGUGAAAUAUAAAUCGUAAAUACAAGGUAACGAGUGCAUCAUAAUCAGUGAAUUCUAAAUAACCUCGUAGUUGUAUCAAUGAGUUAUAAUAACAAUUAGUGAAAAGGCUGAAUAAAUCGGGUGGGCCGGCCAUAUUACGUGAAAGAAAUAAAGUGUGGCCAAGAGAGUCGGUAUCUCGCUUUUUUUCCUCAUUUUUGUUGUUUUUUCGUCUCAUUUUCCCCACUAUUUGCGAUUGUGUGCGUGAACGCGUGCACAUUAAACAUUAUUCUACAGCGAGGGAGGGGUUAGGACAUAUGAACAAUUGAUUUGAUGUUAAAAAUAAACAAAACAAAUACAUAAGUGAGUGGAUGAGAGUGAGAGAGAGAUCGGGAGGUGAAUAGAAGAGAUAAAAAAAAUAGAUAAAAAGAGUUGAAUUCCCCCUGUGAAGAUUUUCCUGUUCAAUAGUUUUUUCCACAACAAUUUGGACUAAAUCAUUGGAGUUUUCAACAUAAAUUCGUCAAGAUGUCAUCAACAUAUUCACGUACACAGGAGAGUGACGCGUGGGCGCUACUUGCCCUUAAAUCAGCACCAGCAAGUCCAACUAAAAUGCCAUGGAAUCCCGAGUCAAAGGGUGCCCCAAUAGCUAGAUUAGAGGGACGUGAGUUUGAAUACAUGGUCAGACAGAGAAGAAUAACAAUUGGACGUAAUAGUAGUAAGGGUGAAGUUGAUGUUAAUAUGGGACACUCGAGUUUUAUAUCACGACGACAUUUGGAAGUAUUUUAUGAUCAUCCGUACUUCUACAUGACUUGUAAUGGUAAAAAUGGAGUUUUCGUUGAUGGGGUCUUUCAACGAAAAGGAGCACCGGCUUUUCAAUUACCCAAAACAUGUACAUUCAGAUUUCCAAGUACAAACAUUCGCCUCGUAUUUCAAUCUCUGGUUGAUGAACAAGAGCAGACAAACGUUCGUAUGGCAUCACCGCCAAAGCAACGUGCCCCAUUACCACCAUUGCGUAUAAACAUACCAGACACUGGCUACAGCAGUCCAUUUCCAUCACCAACAGGCACAAUAAGUGCUGCUAAUUCCUGUCCAGCAAGUCCAAGAGCUGGUCAGAGUAGACGUAAUAUAUCAGCUGAUUUGCAAAUGGUGGCUGCUUAUGCAGCAGCGGUUGCCAAUGAGCCAAGCUCUGGUGACAGACAUCAAGAGGCUGGACAGAGUACAAGUAAACAGAUGAGUCCAGAGCCAGGUCCUGAUUCACGUUAUCGUAAUAACGCUGCUCAGGGGGCUAAUGGUACAUCAUCACACUACAGUCCACCGAAAGACGAUUCAAAGCCACCAUACUCAUAUGCUCAAUUAAUCGUACAAGCUAUUGCAUCAGCCCAGGAUAAACAGCUAACGCUGUCUGGUAUUUACUCGUACAUCACUAAAAAUUAUCCGUAUUACCGUACUGCUGAUAAAGGAUGGCAAAAUUCAAUACGGCACAAUCUUUCGUUGAAUCGGUAUUUCAUCAAGGUACCCAGAAGCCAGGAGGAGCCUGGAAAGGGCUCAUUCUGGAGGAUAGAUCCACAGUCUGAGGCGAAACUCAUUGAACAGGCAUUCAGGAGGCGGAGGCAGAGGGGAGUGCCCUGCUUCAGGGCUCCUUUUGGACUCUCAUCCAGGAGUGCCCCAGCGUCACCCUCUCAUGUGGGCAUGAGUGGUAUAAUGACCCCUGAAUGUCUGAGCCGAGAAGGCUCCCCAGGGCCAGAGUCGUAUCCUGAUAGUUCUGUACCAUCACCUGCUGGACAAUUGUCGAGUCAGUCAGCCCCUGGCUCACCAGGACAUCCCUACGUUUCUCCAGCACCACCAACUCACAAAGGUCGCCUUGCUCAGCAGGUUGCUGUCGUUACAAAUGGCGUGAACAACGAUACUCCACGCGAAGAAAAAUAUUUGGUGCCUGGAAAUAUAAUAGAAGAGCAAUCCUUAUCACCGGCUGGCCAAUACAGUCCAGCUCCAGUUAUUGUACAAACAACAUAUAAUUACAGUGGUACAUUCAUUGGCCCUGACGCAGGCGUUGGGGCGACAAAGCGUGCCCACGAGGAGCCAGACAGUUCUCCAGGCUCCCCAGCACCACUUGCAAUUGUCGAGAGUCCCGAGCCUCCAGAGCAUCAACAGCAGCAGCAAAAGCGACAGCGCGUUCACGACGCGGAUGAUCAUUGAAUAACUUUCAGUAGGCUGCACAUUUUCUCAUUUAACAAAAACAUACAAAAGAAAAAGUAGAAUGUUGUUAUGAUUACAAUUUGGUAAUCGUCAGACGAAUCGUCCGCUCGAUCUGCAACGAUGCGAACGAUGAGGUACAAUUUCACGAUCAAUUUACAAUUUAAUAAUGGAUAGUUUUCAGAGCGAAAAUAUUUUUUUUUCGCUUUGACUUGAAUUGUUUACUUUAUUCUCCCUCUCCUCUUUUUUUAGAUGGUAAUUAAUGAGAAAAAGUCGUUAAAUGGCCGUGAUAAAGUAAACGUAGGGAUUUAGUAAUAAUAGGUCUUUUUUCAUGAUCAAUUGUAACCGAUAAUAAUUUUUUUCGCUGUCAAUCAUUUUUUUUAUUCAUUAUAAACUGCCAGGUAAUAUCUGUUCCAUGGAAAAUAUGAUUUUUCGUUUAUUUCGCGAGUGGAUGAUCCGUCUGACUUGAAACUCGAAUGAGUUUCUUGAAAAUAUCCCUCCCCCAGAUAAAUUCUUAAUAUCCCAGUUAUUCAGAUUAUAACAAGAAUGUUGUUACUUUUAAUUAAUCAAAGUCAUACGGUAAAAUUCAUUGUUUCAUAUUAAAAAGAUUUAUCAAUAAUCUAAAACCAUUCAUGAAUUGACUUUUUUUUUUAGUUUUCAUGGUUUUUGAGUUUCAUAAUUAAUCUUCUAAAGAUUGUAAAAACUAUUUUUGUUCGUAUAAAUUGUCAUGUUUUUCAUUAAACAUUCAUUAAUUUUCAAAUACGUCCAUUCGUGAAAAUGAAAGAAAAAAUGAUGAUGUAAAUGUAUAGAAAACAUAUGUACGUAUUUAUAUUGGGAAAGGUAAAUGUUUCAUACUCACAGUUGGCUUUUAUCCCGUGAAAAUCGUGACACAGAUGAGCGGAUUUUAAUUACACAGUUGGAGAGAAGAAUGUGAGAAAUCGGUCAACAUUAUUUCAUCAAGAUGAUUGACAGUUUUUGAUUGAACCCCGAGCUAUUCCGCAUUCACCGACAAGAUAAUCUCAAUGGCAUUUGAAUGUUUCUAGGUAAUAGAAAUUUAGCUGUUGAUUAUUGAUUGAUAACUAUCGAAACACUGUAGUUCAGUAUGAAAUUACGAAUUGCUUGUCACUGAAUAAUGUUAAUCAGCUGCAAACUUUUCCCAGUAUAAUUACGAUUAAUAGCUUGUCAAAUCUGCUUAUUUCCAACUACUCCAUAGAACUCGUAAAAUUUGUCACAUUCGAAAUGGAAAAGUAUCUGCAAGCUCUACUGUUAUUCGAGUAAUUGGUGGAAGAGAUGAACUUAGAAAUUUUUCAAUUUUUUUUGUAGCAAACAAUGAAGCGAAAAAACCUAGGAGGAGAAUAAAAAAAACUUUUUUGUAGAAAAUUUCAGGAACUAGAAAAAAAAUCCACUAUUUUUGUGCUCAAUCUAUUUGAUUUUCUGACAUUCUCCCUGAUAAUUUGGAUAAACAAAUAUUUGGACUUGUGAUGCGAAUAGUUUCAAGAUAACAUGUCAGUAGAGUACUUCUUAGUUCAUUAUAUUUUUUAUGAAAAAUGUUUUUUUUAAGCCUGCUUCUACAGAGAUGUCUGCAAAAAUGUCAUGUGAAUAUUUUCGCCGUCUCCUUUUGUCAUUUUAACGACAUGAUUGCAAGAUCAUUCAAUAGAGCAUUUAUUUUCUAUUGAAAGAAAAUGAUAAGUGAUGGCAAUGCUGUUAUGAGCGAGAUAUAAAUUAUGGAACAAAUCAUAUUUUUUUCCUUCGUCACGUUGUACAGCUCAGAACAGAAUGAAAUAAAUGGAAAAAAAUAAUAAUAAUAAAGGAACACAACAAUUCUAAUUUGUAGAUACGCAUAUGUAUGUGUAUAUAUUAUAUAUAUUUAUACCCGUAUAUACACGUAUAUGUGUGUGUGUGUCUAUUUGAAUGAAUAUAUGAUAUAUUCGAUUGAAUAAUAUUAAGGGUCUAUUAUCGAAAAGAACAAAAUGGGGCGCCCUGAGGUGCCUCUUUCCCUUAGGACUCAGUGAUAAUUAUUCCCAUUAUCUUGCUCCCUCACCCCUCUCCCGAGUAUCACUAGGAAAACGAAUAAAGUCGGUUGAUCUACAUCCUCAAUCCUGAAUGCUGAAAAAUACCUCAGGAUCGGAGUAAAUUCGAACAAAGCAGUAAAAAAGAAUAUGUAUUAUAAAAUUUCAAUUUUUCGCAGGCAAAUCGUUAAUUAUGUUUAUUAUAUGAUUUUGUAGAGGAAGAAAUAAGUGAAUAAAAAAUGGUAAACGAGGGGAGUAAAUUAAACAAAUUAUAUAUAAGCAAGUGACAUCUAUUUUUGUGACGAUUAGCGUGUAAAGAGCAUGAUUAUAGAAAUUUUAGAAAAAGAUGGGAAAAUAACAGACGAAAUGAUUUAGGGAUAUUCGAAUGAAAGCGCUGAAAGCGAAUUAAUAAUCAUAGUAGAGAGACGAAGUAUGUGCAGCGAACAGAAGGAAAAAAAAAUUAAUUGUAUAAAUGACUCAUUUGAAUUCACCCAACAUUUCUGAUAAAGGUAUUACUUAUGAAUGUGACAUCCCCUUUUUCUGAUUAUAAAUCAUUUGAAAAUGUGAAAGCUUUAUAUUUAUUUUUUAAAAAACCAACGACGUAGGUCGAUAGUGUUAUUGGAGGAUAUCCUCGGAAUAUUGUGAGUGGAAAAAAUCUGAACAUUAUAUUAUGGACAUAAUUUGCUGAAGUAAGGGGAGAAGAUUAAAAACAAUAGAAGUACGGAUAUGGGAGGUGCGAGGGGGCCUGGAGUGUCUUGUGGACUUCAAGACUGUGCACGUACAAUAAAUAAAUUGUUUAUUCCUCUGUGAAAAGCACAUAAAAUUGUUGUGCAAAAAAAUACAUACCAGGAAUCAUGGAAUAUAUUGGUAGUGAAGAGUAGAGGCUGGCACUGCUGCUGCUAGUAUUGUGAUUCUGUUCGCCUGCAAAUUGCGUAAACAGAUACGAAAAUACAAAUGUGAAUGCAUAGAAGGUAUAAUCAUCAUUUAUUUAGUGGAAAGGAAAUAAUCGUGAAAGAGAGAUUAAUAUUCCAUCCUUCGCGAAUUGUAUCACGGAAAUGAGACACGAAUUGAGUAAAAAGUUUUGAUGGUUUUGGUCAGUGGAUAUCAGAUGUGAAGGAAGAAAUCUGAUGAUUAGGGUGAUCUAGGCAUAAAAUGCUUUUUACAAUUUUAUUCGACGAAUUGGACCGCAUAAUUUGAGUCAUUGUAAGUGAUUCAUUUUUAAUAGAACACAAAUUGUAUUAUUUUUGCUUACGGCUCAUUCAUGAAUGACGAAAACAAUGCUUGACAGUUUAAAGAUAUUGGAUGAGGGAUGAUAUACGAACAGUAAUUGGUGGAAGAUUAUUGUUGAGACGAUUGAGACAAGUAGGAAUGAAUUAUCAAAUUUAGUUAUGACGAUAUGAGGAUGGGUUAGAGAUAAUGGAGUGAUGGAGAGUAAUAUGAUUGAGGAGAAGGAAGAUAUUAUGGGCUUUCGGAUAAAUUUUGAGGAAAUAUAUGAAUUCCAGAUUA